AUGAGCUCUUCCGAAGAGAACAUCGAUAUAGAUGUGUCUUCCGGCUCCGAAUCGGACGACUUUACGCCAGCUGUGAAGAAGAAAUCAACAGCAAAGGCAGCGUCAAAGCCCACUGCGAAGUCCAAGGCCACGAAAGCUCCUUCGAAAUCCAACGCAGCACCAAAGAAGAAGGUUCCUAUAGACGUGGACGAGAACGCGGAUGACAGUAUCCUGGAUGUAGACAGUCGCGACUAUGGGUCAGGCUCGUCCACUGCCAGAGCAGCUCCUUCUGCAAACGGCAAGAAAAAGACGGCGUCCGAGACGUAUCAAAAGUUGACCCAACUAGAGCAUAUCUUGAAACGACCUGAUUCAUAUAUUGGGAGCGUUGAGACAGUCACGCAACACAUGUGGACCUACGAUUCAACCACAAAGCGAAUGGUGCUUCGAAACGUCAAGUACGUUCCCGGUUUUUUCAAGAUAGUGGAUGAAAUUCUCGUAAAUGCGGCUGACAACAAGAUCAACGACCCCAACAUGGACACUCUUAAAGUUGACAUCGACGUUGAAGAGGGUACCAUAUCCGUCUAUAACAACGGGCAUGGUAUUCCCAUCGUGAUGCACUCCAAAGAGAAAAUGUAUAUCCCAGAACUCAUCUUCGGACACCUUCUUUCCUCGUCUAACUACGACGAUGACGAAAAGAAGUUGACUGGAGGUCGUAACGGCUACGGCGCCAAACUUGCCAAUAUAUACUCAACGGAGUUCACCAUCGACACCGCGGACAAGAACUCAGGCCAGAAGUACAAGCAGACGUGGUCUAAUAAUAUGGGUACCUGUGGCAAGGCGAAAAUCACCAAGAAUAGCCGCGGCGAGGAGUAUACUAGAGUCACCUUCAAGCCGGACCUGAAACGUUUCGGGAUGGAAUCCAUUGACGAGGACACCGUUUCACUGCUCAAAAAACGUGUUUACGAUAUGGCAGGAACGGUUAAAGACAUCAAAGUUGUCCUGAACGAUGAGCGGGUCAAGGUCAAGACUUUCAAGCAGUACGUGGACAUGUACCUCAACUCUGCAGCCGCAGAGGCGGCGGAGAACUCAGGUGGCGCGGCUCAGGUGAAGCCGUCGGUGAUUUACGAGCGCAUUAAUGAUCGAUGGGAGGUCGCCUUCGCCGUGUCAGAGGGAUCAUUCCAGCAUGUAUCUUUUGCCAACUCAAUCUCGACGAUCAAGGGUGGCACACACGUCAACAAUAUUGCUGACCAGAUUGCGAAGACGAUUAUAGCCACGAUCAAAACCAAGAACAAGGGGGCGGUAGCGACACCGCAGAAGGUCAAAGACCACAUGUGGCUCUUCGUUAACGCCUUGAUUGAGAACCCUACGUUCGACAGUCAAACCAAGGAGACCAUGACGCUUCCCGCAUCCAAGUUUGGCUCAAAGCCUCACUUGUCGGAAGAGUUCCUGAAGAAAGUCCAAAAGUCUUCAAUCAUUGACAAGGUUUUGAACUGGGCGAAAUUCAAGGCCAACCAAGAGAUCAAGAAGACCGAUGGUACGAAACGAGAUCGGUUGACCGGCCUCCCGAAAUUAUCUGACGCGAACAACGCUGGGACGAGGAAUGCAUCUAAAUGUACUCUCAUUCUCACUGAAGGAGAUUCUGCCAAGGCCCUUGCUGUUGCGGGGUUGGGUGUCGUCGGGCGCGACAACUUUGGAGUCUUCCCACUUCGCGGUAAAAUGCUCAACGUGCGCGAAGCUAGGCAUGACCAGAUCAUGAAGAACGAAGAAAUCCAGAACAUAAAGAAGAUUAUGGGCCUUCAGAGCAACAAAGAGUAUACGAACGUCUCGAGUUUGCGGUACGGCCAGUUGAUGAUUAUGACGGAUCAGGAUCACGAUGGUUCUCAUAUCAAAGGACUGCUCAUUAACUUUUUGGAUCACUUCUUUCCUUCUUUAUUAAAGCUCGACAAUUUCCUGGUCGAAUUUGUCACGCCGAUUGUUCGGGUCACGAAGGGGAAACAACGCAAGGAUUUCUUCACGAUUCCAGAAUAUGAACAGUGGCUCGAGCAAACCCCCGAUGCUCACAAGUGGGAUUCAAAGUACUACAAGGGUCUUGGAACAAGCAAAGACUCUGAUGCGAGAGACUACUUCAGUCAUAUGGAGAAACACAUGAUUUCAUUUGCAAAAACUCAAGAAGGGGAUAAGGAGUUAAUUGAGUUAGCAUUCAGCAAAAAGAAAGCUGACGAGCGCAAAGAGUGGCUGCGCCAGCUGAAGCCGGGGACAUUCCUGAACCACGACACGGAUGAGAUCUCGCUAUCUGACUUCAUCAACAAGGAGCUUAUUUUGUUCUCUAUGGCCGAUAAUAUCCGGUCUAUACCAUCGAUUGCAGAUGGGCUCAAGCCAGGUCAGCGGAAGGUCAUCUGGGCUUGCUUCAAGCGCAACUUGAAGAAGGAAAUCAAGGUUGCUCAGCUAGUCGGUUAUAUUUCCGAGCAUGCUGCGUAUCAUCAUGGUGAACAGAGUUUGAUGAUGACGAUUGUUAAUUUGGCGCAAGACUACGUCGGAAGCAACAACUUGAACCUGUUGUUACCGAAUGGUCAGUACGGAACUCGCGACCAAGGUGGUAAAGAUCAUGCCGCGGCCAGGUAUAUCUUCACCGAGACAGCACCGAUCACUCGAACAAUCUUCCACCCCGCGGAUGACCCUCUGCUCAGCUACCUGAAGGAUGAUAAUGACCCUAUCGAGCCGGAGUGGUAUAUGCCUGUGUUGCCCCUCGUCUUAAUCAAUGGCGUGGAGGGUAUCGGGACUGGUUGGAGUACUUCGAUCCCAAGCUUCAACCCAGUCGACAUUGUGCAAAAUAUCCGCCGUCUCAUGGCUGGUGAGGAUCAAAUUCCCAUGUCGCCUUGGUGGCGCGGCUUCAAGGGCACGAUCAAGAAGACUGGUCCGCACAGAUACGACGUCAUCGGCGUCGCGCGUAAAGUCAAUGACACCACCGUUGAAAUCACCGAGUUGCCAAUCCAUAAGUGGACCCAGACGUAUAAGACUGAGCUCGAGAGCAUGAUGCUUGGCGAGAAGGGGGAAGGUUUGAUCAAGGACUACAAAGAACAUCACGACAAUGUUAACGUCCACUUCGUAAUCAACAUGUUACAGAAGGAUUUGGAGAAGGCCGAGGAGCAAGGGUUGGAGGAGUUUUUCAAGCUGGUUGGUAAGAUCAGCACAAGCAAUAUGAUGUGCUUCGAUUUCGACGGGAAGAUAAAGAAGUAUAACUCACCAGAGGAGAUCAUCGAAGAGUUCUACCCUAAACGUCUGGCAUAUUACCAGAAACGAAAGGACAACAUGGCAAAAGAUCUUCAGGACCAGUUCGAUAAGCUGACAAACCAGGCACGCUUCAUCCAGAUGAUCGUCAAUAAAGGGCUUGUCGUUUCCAAUCGGAGGAAGGCAGACAUCGUAGCAGAGUUGCGCAAACUUGGCUUCCGACCUUUUUCCAAGAUAGCUAAAGCUAAGGCGGUGGGAGAUACAGAGGCUGUUGUCGAGGACGAGGAAGAAGACUUCGGCAGUGCUGCUGAUUAUGACUACUUGAUGAAUAUGGCUAUUCACAGCUUGACCAAGGAGAGGAUCGAGAAACUACUCCAACAAUCCCGCGACAAAGAAGUCGAGCUGCUCACGUUACUCGAGAUGACUCCGGUUCAAAUCUGGAACACUGAUUUGGAUAGAUUCCUACAGGAAUGGGAGAACGUUUGCCAAGAGUGGGAUGAGAAAGCUGUCCUCGACGCCAACGGCAAACGUAUCAAACGCAAGCAGACAACCCUCAAGACACGCAAGUCUCUUACCGGCAACGGUCGGAAGGGUGAGGACGAUGGUUCGGAUGACGACUUCAAGCCCACCAAGGUUGUGACGCAGGCGAGAAAAGCCCCUCUUAAGCCUCGAGCCAAACCCGCCGCUGCUAACGAUGUCGAUGACAAGCUGCUACCAAAGAAGCGAGCACCAGCCAAGAAGGCUGACGCCAAAGAGGAAUCAGACACUGACGACAAGCCACCAGCAGCCAAGAAGCGAGCACUGGCCAAGAAACCUGUGAUUGAGAAUUCAGAUGUUGAGACGAUCGAUGACGACGACGAUCCUCCUCCAUUAAAGACCAAAAUUGCAAAGAAGAAGGUGGGGUCGGACGAUUCCGGAGAAGACAUAGUGGCUGCCGCGAUUGCCAAAGGUAAAGGAAAGGCGAAGGAGGCGCUCUCAUCCAAGCGCAAAAGCCCUGCCUCAGAAGACGAUAGUGAAGACGCCUAUAUCAAGCCUGCCAAAAAGAAACAGGCGACGCAGCCAGAAGUGACGGACUAUUUCAAGAAAGCUCCCGCGGGUUCGAAGCCUGCUGCUACCGCGCGGAAAGCAUCGGCUAGUCAGAAGGUACCGGAGAGCAAGGGGAAGGCUCCGGUGAAAAGGGCUCCAGCGAAGAAAGAAGUCGUCGAUAGUAGUGACGAGGAUGCCUACGUGGUCGUCGAAUCGUCACCGCCGCCUGCUCCUCGUCAGACAGCGCUGAAACGGGCGGCGAGAGGGAAGGCCAAGGCCUACGUAGAGCUUACUGACGGUGACGACGACGACGGCGGCAAUGGCGAUGGCGAUGACUCAUUUGAAAUUUAG